ACCCUCGUAGACAACGUUAUGAAAUAAUCAAAAUACUUACUGUACUAAGUAAAGUCUAAAGCAUAUUUAUAAAUUUUAAACUUAUGAAAUAAUCAAUUAUGAUUUAUAUUUAAACAUUUUAGUUAAUUGUAGAUAUUUAAUAAUGUCAGCCAGAAGUCAUGUUAAUGGAAUGAAUUUUUCUGAGGAUGUUCAGAGACAUUCCGUUCAUACACUUGUAUUUCGUUCUCUAAAGAGAACGCAUGACAUGUUUUUAUCGUGCCAAGGAAUGUUACCACCCAUUGAUGAAGAAGCAGAAAGAAUAAAAAAGCUUAUUAAAGCUAGAGACAACUAUGGACUUGUUUUUGAUAAAGUAGAACUGAGUAAAAUCAAUAUGAAAAAAUCACAACCUAGUCAACCUAAAUUUGACAAGGAUCCACUAAAGAAUAAUUUACCAUUAGCUAUAAUUGAUAAUCCAGAGAAGUCUAAUACAAACAUUGAAACUAGUAUGGUCUUAUCUAGUCCAAGCACUCAAAACAUAGCUGCUGCUAAUCGACUUAUGAACCAUAUUAUGCCAAAACCUAAAUGGCAUCCACCUUGGAAAUUAUACAGAGUUAUUUCAGGUCAUUUAGGUUGGGUACGGUGUGUUACUGUUGAGCCAGGAAAUGAAUGGUUUGCUACUGGAGCAGGUGAUAGAGUAAUCAAAGUUUGGGAUUUAGCUACUGGAAAACUUAAAAUUUCAUUGACUGGUCAUGUCAGUACAGUUAGAGGCCUAGAAGUUAGUCCACGUCAUCCUUAUUUGUUUAGUUGUGGUGAAGAUAAACAAGUGAAAUGUUGGGAUUUGGAGUAUAAUAAAGUUGUUCGGCAUUAUCAUGGACAUUUAAGUGCUAUUUACAGUUUAUCCCUUCACCCAACUAUAGAUGUAUUAUUAACUGCUGGAAGAGAUUCAACAGCUCGAGUUUGGGAUAUGCGUACAAAAGCAAAUGUUCAUACAUUGACAGGACAUACAAAUACUGUAGCAAGUGUUAUUUGCCAAGAAUAUGAACCACAAGUAUUAACUGGAUCACAUGAUUGCACAAUUAGAUUAUGGGAUUUAAUGGCUGGAAAGACUCGGGUGACACUUACUAAUCAUAAGAAAAGUGUACGGUCUCUUGUUUUACACCCUAAAUUAUCCAUGUUUACUAGUGCUAGUCCAGAUAAUAUAAAGCAAUGGACUUGUCCAGAUGGUAAAUUUAUUCAAAAUCUUACAGGACAUAAUGCCAUUGUCAAUUGUAUGGCUGUUAAUUCAGAUGGUGUGUUAAUGUCUGGAGCUAAUAAUGGUACAAUGUAUGCUUGGGACUGGAGAACUGGCUACAAUUUUCAAAGAAUACAGGCUCCAGUACAACCAGGAUCAAUGGACAGUGAAGCUGGAGUUUUUGCUAUGGCUUUUGAUCACAGUGGUACUAGAUUAAUUACUGCUGAUGGUGAUAAAACUGUAAAACUGUACAAAGAAGAUGAUACAGCAACUGAAGAAAGUCAUCCAAUUAAUUGGAAACCAGAUAUUUUAAGAAGAAGAAAGUAUUAAUAUAUUUUAUUUUGUAGUUAUAAUUUUUCUAAGACUCAUUGUAUUAUGACACAAACAUUCAACAUGUAAAUUAAGAUAACAAUUUUUGAUAAAAUGAUAAUACUAUCAAUAUUAUGUCAGUGCAACACAUUUUUUUUUUUUAAUAAAA